AUGAGUGACGAGCAGGCAGUUAGUGAUGCAAGCAAAAAUGACAUAAAUACAGAUUUAUCCAUUCCAGUAAAGGAGGAGGUUAAAGCUGAGAGAAGGCGCUUAAGUUUCCAAGCGAUGGAUGAUAGCAGUGAAAGUGAGCUCACACCCUCACCAUCCCCUAAAGUCCAGAGGAGGAGGCUAAAGGUGAGCCCUGUUUCAUCCAGCAGUGAGGACAUCAAAACUGAAAGCGCAGACUCCUCUGUUGAAGAUGAAGAGUUCAUUCGCAAACAGAUAAUGGGUAUGGGUGAUGAAGAAGAAAUGUCUGUAUCUGAGGAGGAGAAAGAAAAGAUUUCAGCAAAUAUACAGGCUGUCAAGGAAGUUGAGCUUGACAAUACUUCAGUGACAGCCAAAUCACUGCCUAGAAAAGGUAGCACAGAUAAUGAAGACAGUCCAGCCAGGAAAAAAUCUCUUCCAAAAGCUGACACUGAAACUGCUGAAAAUGUUCCUGAAACAAUGCCCAGGACUACGUUCAAGAAAGCUACUCCAGCCAUGCGACAGAGACAAAGCACUGAUGAAGAGGUAGAGAGCAUCACAGAAUCCCUGUCAAAGGGUUCAUCUAGUGUUCAGGCAUCUAGCUUUACUCCAGGAUCUUCACCGACAUCAGCCUCGUCUCUGGAGGAGGACAGUGAUAGCAGCCCCAUUCACAAGAAAGUCAGUGGGGACAAACACCACCGCAAAGGUAAACACAGGCAGCCAACUCAACCUCUCCCCACCAUUGAGGACUCCUCUGAAGAAGAGCAGAUGAGAGCCCAUGGUCAACCACUGUCUCCACCAGGAGAUGCUUCCUCCACAGAGGAUCUGAGACAGGUUACCGUAAUAGAUGAAAGCCACAGGACAUCUGGCUCUGAGUACUCUGCUAGUAUAGAAUCAGAACCAGAGGUCAAGCGAGCUGUGCAGAGGGGACGUAAACCCUCACCAACAGUCAUACCAUACAAUCCUGAUCCAUUUGAAGAGAAACAAACUGUGACAAAGUCAUUGAAGAGUGCUGAAGAAGCAUAUGAGGAAAUAAUUCAAAAGACAAAAGCUAUUCCAGGAGAAAGCCCUCCUGAUAUUGAGCCACUUUAUGGGGGAAUGGCCAUAGAGGAUUAUCUUUAUGAAUCCUUAGUUGAGGAGCCUGAGAUCAAGAUGAGCGAAUCCCAAGAGGAAGAACCCAAAUUAGAUACUGGCUCUGAAUCUCUCAAAAAGCUCAGGUCUCCAGAGGAGGUUUAUGAGGAGAUGAUGCAGAAAAAGAGAGAACUGAUGAUGAUAGAGCAUGAAUUUCAACAGGCCCAGACUGCCAUGGAAUCUUCCUCAUCAGGAGCUUCAGUCACUGGGUCAAUUGCUGAGACCUGUGUGGUGACCAUACCAACAGACGAGACAUAUUUCACUGGACAAACUGAUAUACCUCCUGCAGACACUGACACUUUGAGUGAAGUGCCAAUGAAGAAAAAGAAACGGCCAGCACCUCCACGUCCUUCUGAACCCCCAAAGCGCCCGGAGGUUACUGUUCAUCCCAGUACUCCAAGUGGAUCUAUAGGUUUUGUUAGGCCUAUGGUUCCCCUAGAUCCUGCACUUAGAAAGGCAUUGUUCCCCAUACCAGACCUCAAGAUUACCCAGUGUUCAUCUGGGGAGGAAGAGGAUGACAGUCUUGCAGAUGAGUAUGGCAUUGGUAUUUCCUCUGACAUUACCCCCAGUGAUGACUCUGACACUAAAGAUGAUCUGUCUAUAAGUCCACCAUUGUCUGAAUCUACUGAGAUGGAGCCUAUCAGUGUGAUCUGUGAAAUCCCAGAGCCCAAACCAAUUCCAACUCCAAUAUCUGCCCCAGAACUAACUACUACACCUUCCCCUGUAUCACCAAUGUCACCGCCAACUUCGCCAGCCACUCCAGAUUCCAGUUUGGCUUCUAAUGCUACGUCUUCAUCAUCAUUCCAGGCUCAAACACCUAUUUCAUCAGAUUCAACUCCACUGUCUACACCAACACCACCAACUUCAUUUAAAGGCCAGUCACCUCCAGAGAUCCCAUUGCCUGCCACAAUUGCAGCAGUACCAUCUGCAGCAUCUUCCACUUCAACCACAGUUAUAGUUACAAUACCAGAUGUAGUUUCUCAUCCAUCUAAAGGUCAAACAACUGUGGUAGUUCAAGAUAAUAUUUCUACAGCUGAAGCCCCAAGCCCAGCCUUAGUGGAGAUGUCUACUGCUGUACCUGUUGUGGUCCAAAUGCCAGACUUAGUUUCAUCUCCAUCUCAAGUUCCUAUUAAGUUUCCAGCUGUGCAGGUUGCAGCACCAAGUCCAGCACUUGUCGUCUCAACUCCACCUAUAGCUCAAGUUACAGCUCCAGCUGUUUCGGCAUCUGCUUUAACUUCAACUAAUGUUAUUCCUACUUCUGUUACUUUGGCCUCUUGCCCCGAGCCAGUCAUAGUUCAGAUGCUUGACCUGGUUUCAACUACAGCUUCAAUUGCCGAACAAACUCCUGUACCAGUUUCAGCAGUCAUGACCACCCCAGCUCAAGCCCAAGCCAAAGUAGUACACUCAGUCCCUGUGCAGUCAGCUCUUCCAUCAGUGAGUCCGGUAGUCGUCCCAGUUCCUGCUCAAACUGCCCAGGUAAUACCGCCAGCUCCAGCAUCAACUACUAUAGUCAAAAAGAAGGUCCCUCCUCCCCCUCCCCCUCGAUCUACUUCAGUAUCACUACCUGACAGUAACACAGAGCAGCCUUCUGCAAAGAAUGUUCAGCAAGUCACCCCGACAACAUUAGCUAUGAGAACCACAGUGGCUAGCCAACCAAUGCAGUCGGUUGUUGUGGAUAUACAGCCAAGAAUGGACAUCGUACCACCAAAUAGUGUAUCUGUACCUCAGGUAGUUACCUCAAAUAGACAGGGGCAUGUAGUAAUCAUAGUGCCCAGUGUGGACAGAAUGUGUUUGCCUGGACAAAACACACAAGACAUAACUGGCACCGCACCAACAGCUUUUACUGCUUCUUCUCCACAUAGUAAUCAAGAAGCCACACGCCCUGCUUCAGAUAUACCCAGCACAGAUAUAUCUUCACUAUCGACUAAGAUGACUGCAGUGCAAGUAGCUUCAGCUCCACCGCUUCCACCUAAACCUGUAGCCGGAACAAAAGCUGUACACACAGUGGAAGUAAAUGGAGAUUCAACUCCACCAUCACCCAAACCAACAGCUUAUCCAAAACCAUCAGCUGCCACUGCAGUGACAAUUGGUACAUCAACUGUAGCACCAGUCUCUGUUACAACAACUGGCCCUAGUCAAACCACAAAGCCUCCUCCACCCAUACCACCUAAACCUAUAUCAAUUCCAGCUGGACUGGUUUUUAGCCACAAGCCAGGAGAGAGUGUCAAGCCACCCCCUCCUCCUGUGGCCCCCAAAGCAGCAACACUGCCCCGGACGAAAGAACCUCCUAGUGCUCUGUCACUUAGCCUGACACGUCCUGUGGAGUCAAAGUUGGGUACAACAUCUCCUAAAUCACCUUUGUCUCCGAGACAUGCCAAAUGUUUACAGACCUAUGUAGUGAUAACUCUUCCAUCCGAGCCUGGCUCACCAACAGAGGCCAUAACAGUCCAGGCACCUGUAAGACGAGGGUCCAUCCCAUCUACAAAAGUGUCUGGGGUACGGACCACGCCGUCAGAGCAGAAAACACCCACUGAGGCAUUCUCAGCACAGGCUGCAGUUAGGAGAGCCUCUGUCCCCACUGUAAGACAUCCACCUCCAAUGCCCGUAACUCCAGUGGGGGUAGCAGAGAAAACGACAACAUCUGAAGUUGUGGUGGCUAAAGUACAAGCCAAGAGAGAAGCUGUGCCCUCUGUAGUGCAAGUACCAGUCUCUGUCACUGACGAUAUUGCCUUUGUAGUGUCAACAGAUCAGGACACCUCCAUUCAGGCACAGACAGUACCUCCUCCAAUUAAGAAACCAUAUGCACAAAUACAGCAAUCAAUGACUCAGCCAUUACCACCACUUAAAACAAUGACUGAGGACAUCACAGCGCCCACAGAGCCAAAGGUUCUUAUUCAGCCAGUUGCAGUCCAAGCCAUGGCAAGAGAACAGUCUACACCAUUUGUUCCUCAACAUCAAAGCAUAUCCACAGCAGUCAUAACACAUCCACCAGAGGGUUUACCCGAAGCAGUGGUUCCUCAGCUCCCCCAGAUAACUGCACCUGUGCAGCCAGAGCCUCUGACUGAAGUUGUUGCUGUACCAGUGCAGCCUGGAGUACUUUUAGAUGCACUGGUCAACCAAGAUAGAUCAGCUGCAGUCCAAUCAACUGUUCUUUAUCCAGAAGAUGCAACACAAAUAGAAAUGCUACUGGAUGAACAGGAUAUACCUACUGAUGUCAUUGUCACAGAGGCUGUUCUGAAAAGACAGUUAGUACCAGAAGUGAGUCAGCAAAUUGCUAUUGAACAGCCACUAACAAUAUAUGAAUCAGUGACACACUCUCAAGAGCAAGAAUUUUUACCUAGCUUUUACAAAACUGAAACAAUUUCUGAACUCUCAUCAGUACCACAAAUGAUUCAGCUGUAUGAAGUUCCACCUAUAGUGACAGAGCAGCUAUCUACACAACAACCUGCUCUUGGAACUGAAGUAGUGACCCUCCCUUCAACGUUUGAACUACCCACAGAGAUUAUUACAACUGACACUGUUGUUAGAAUACCAGAAGUAGCAACAGUAUCGCCACUACCUCAUACAUUACCGAUAGCAGCUGAUGUUGCUCCAAUUCCUCAAGUUGCGGAGUUAAUGCCACUAACUACAGAUGCUAAGAUAAUAAUUCCUCCAACUGCUCAAGUAACACCUGGACCUCUAGUUAUGGAAGUUCAACAAAUGGCAACACACCCAGAUAUACCUUCUGUACCUUGUUUUACUCCACAGGUUUAUGAAGCAAUUAAUCCUUAUGUGAUGCCACAUUCAGUGCCUCCUCUGGAGGUCAUAGCUUUGCAGUCUGGACAUGAGACACCCACAGAGAUUAUAACAAAGGAUGUGGAUGUAAGAAGACCUUCAGUACCAACAUCAGCGAUACAACCACAGACAGUGACUGGGAUGCCAGUUAUUACUGCUGAGGAAACUACUCAUAGGAGGAGGACAUCGAUUUCAUCCAUAGUACAGCCACCAUACACUACAACUGAGAUAUUUUCUUACCCUGCAGAGUAUGACAUACCCAAACAAGUCGUUACAACUGAGGCUUUUGCUGCCACCAGGAGAGAAUCCAUAACCAUGCAGCAAUCAUUACCAUUAGCACAGGGAGCAAACGUACCGGCCGAAAAAGUUGUUCCUAUUGAUGGGUAUCCUGCUCAGGACCCCUACAGGAGAGAGUCAAUUCCCUCAGCAGAAUAUCAUCCGCAGGUAUUGACUUACUCAUCAGAAUAUGACCACCCACUGGAGAUAAUAACAACUGAGGCGUACACCAGGAGAACCUCAAUGCCCACUGUGCAGGACAUUCCACAGGGUAUAUCUGUGGCUCCGGUCACCAUCACUAAAAUUCAGCAAGAAUCUAUUGAGAGCCAAGAGAUUAGGGGACCAGAAAAAGUGGUCUCCAGUAUGAGUCACAUGUAUUCUUCUUCCAUUUCCACCUCAGGCCAGCCUCCUGAAAGCCUGCCAAGCCUUGUCACUCAGGUAGUCACUACUGAGGUCCAGAGGACCACUGUCUCUGUUGUUCACGAACGACUCCCACAGGUUCCUCCACCAAGUGUAGCAAUCACUAUACAGCCAGACAUUGCUAAAGUCCAACCUGUGCCCAAACAGAAUGGUAAAAUAAUCUAUCCUGGUGAUGUUAUUGACUUGCGCACUAUGAAGGCUGGCAUAAAGAUGACUGAGCAAGGCAUGGACCUCACUCCACCUGAGUCAUGUCGACAGUCUUUUUCAAGUGAUUCCAGUGGACGUCAAAUUACAGCAGUACAGCCUGAGAUAGUAAAUCUUAGUGCAGAGAUCACCCCUGCCACCACACUGUCUGUUGUCACUGACAGCAUCACAAUAGUCACAUGCACAGCUACCAUUGCAUCAUACAACAACACUCCAGCAGAGAAACCACUUGAUUUGCAGGGUCCUGUUAUGUCAUUGCCUCUACCUCUCACCACAUACAAACCAUUCGAACCACUAGCACAGAUUGUAUACAGACCUGUGAACUCCCAGCCCAAGGUUAGUGCUGUAGCAUCUACAGCUCAAGACAUACCCAUUAAUCUUUCUUUGGAAGCUCUUGUCUCUUCUGGAGGAAAACAGCCAAUGACUACAGCCCCCACAGUCAUCAGCAACGGUGGUCCUGUCCUCUCUCUUGAGGCCACAGGAGCGAUGGAUCUAUCAAACUACAGACCAGUGAGAGCUAUGGUAGCUUUGUCUGGUACAAGUCCAGGAGUUGUAACCACUGUUGUAGAAGAUGAUGGGACUCCAGUGGACCUUACAGCUGGUAGAAGGAGUGUGUGCUGUGAUGUCAUUUACAAGCUACCAUUUACAGGAAGCUGCAGGACUCAACCUCCAGUUACAACCCAGCCCGACAACCGUUUUGGAUAUAGAGAUGACCACUAUCAGUAUGAGAAUGCUGGAAUGUAUGGUAUCAAAGGAAUGAAUGGUAUAAAAGCAUCAAUGUCUGAGACCAACCUCACAGAGGCCGGACUGUUCCCCUAUGAUCCCAAGAAUGACUAUGACUACCUCAGUGGAUCUUCAGAUGGCGCUAUAGACCUCACUGCUGCUAAAAUUUCUGCUGGUAAAGCACUAGACUACACUAGCAAAGCUGCUGGACUCUACCCUGCGAUGACUACUGCUCCAUUCUCCCAGGUCCCUGCAGCUGGAUUUGGUGUAAAUAGUGUUCUAAGAACCUCAGAUGGAAUAGUUUACUCCUCUGUUGCUGCCCCAGUUCCAUCAACAUAUGCAAUUACAACUCAACCAGGCUCUAUCUUCAGCACUACCUUAACACCUACAUCAAUAGUCCAGAACCAGUCACUGCCACAUCCAUAUGGCUUCAUUCCUACUACAGAUCCAGGACAAAUAAUUCCUUUUGACACUGACCUACCUAAGGAGCUUCUACCCACUGCUUUGGCUGACAUUAUAACUGGCUAUCCUGACAUGUACUCAGACACAACCCUGGAAGCAAUUGCUGCCUCUCUGGAUGCCUUAGCUUCUUCUCCAAUAUUCCCUGGCUUGGACAACACCAAAAUGGCCCAGUAUCAGAUGGAGAGGGAGUUCCUAGAGCUAGAGAAGCUUAAACAGCUAUGUCUUGCAGAGGAGCUGGAGUGGGAAAGGCAGGAAAUACAGCGUUACCGAGAACAAGAGCAGCUUAUGGUGCAAAGAGAGCUCGAGGAACUUCAGGCUCUGAAACAGCAGCUUCUCCUACAACAGGAAGAGGAGCAUCAUGCCCACAUGGUGGCCCAGCAAGAGACCUAUGCUCAGCAGAAAGAGCAGUUGCAGCAAAUCCAACAACUCCAACUGCAACUGCAGCGGCAGUUAGAUGAGCAUUAUGGCACCACUGGUACCACAGGCAACCUACUAGAUGCUAAGUAUGCAGGAGUAGGUGACAGUGGCCAGUACUGGCCUGUCAAAGAUGAAUCUACAGUUCCGUCUGUUGGGACACAUACAGAGGAAGAUCAAAACCAGCUUAAUCUAGUAAACAAGUUUCAAGCUGAUCAAGACAUAGGGAAAAAAAUAAUUGAUAGUGGAGUGCAGACAGAUGAUGAAGACUCAGCAGAGAAGCAGCAUGUGGGCAGGAGAAAGAAGAAUAAGAGAAAUAUUGAUAGCUCAGCUCAAACUGAUGAUGAGGACCAAGAUGAAUGGGAUGCUCCCACAAAAGCUCGACGACGCUCUCGAAAGCAUAGCAGUGAUGGAAAACAUGGCUCCAAAGUCUCUAGUAUUGCUAUCCAGACAGUGGCAGAGAUAUCUGUCCAAACAGACCACUCUGGAACUAUCAAACGACCCAAUGUCCAGAUGGACACAAAGGUAGAGAUCAUUAAGCAUAUAUCAGCUCCAGAGAACUCUCAGAGAGGUGGUAGUCUGAGCUGUCAGACAGACUCAGACAGAAGGCACACACCCAUUGAAUUGGGCUACAGCACACACCUAACAGCAGACGUCCCAUCGAAGUCUAAAGUUUUCUACUCCCAAGUCUCCCCCCUGUCUCCAGAAAAGUCACUUGGAGGGCAGAGAAUGCUGACUGCUGACCCAACCAGAUUUUCCUCUGGCCCUCGGAUAUUGAAGGCUGGUCAGAAGUCUUUGUCUGAUCCAAAAUCCCUUAGUCCUUCCACAGACGACAGGAUGGGUGGAUACUAUGCAGACAGCUAUUCUGGUCGAGGGUCUACCUCCAGUACAGGUAAGAAGGUAAAGCGGACGCUACCAGACCCCCCUCCUGAGGAUGACUCUUUGACGGGACGGUCAGGCUACAGCACCAACUCUGCUCGCCGCCGCCUUGCCCGCAGUACAACAAUGGCACGGGCAAAGAUUCUGCAAGACAUUGACAAGGAGCUUGACCUGGUGGAGAGAGAAUCUUCUAAACUUCGCAAAAAACAGGCUGAGCUAGAUGAAGAGGAAAAGGAGAUUGACGCCAAGCUACGGUAUCUGGAGAUGGGUAUCAACCGCCGUAAGGAGGCCUUGCUGAAGGAGAGAGAAAAGAGAGAGAGAGCUUAUCUCCAGGGGGUGGCGGAGGAAAGAGACUACAUGUCAGACAGUGAGGUUAGCAACAUCAGAGAAGCCAGGGGAGAUGGCCUUGAGAGACCACGGACGGCUCCCCAGUCGGAAUUUGACCAAUUCAUCCCUCCACAGACAGAAGCUGAUUCACAGUACAACACAUUAACUAGUCCCUACUCUCACUAUGCUCAGUAUGUUCCCCAGACCCAAACCACCAGCCACUACACCCAACAGAACCUGUAUCAGCAGCAAUCCCUUUAUCAUCAACAGGUGUCUCCUUACCCAACCCUAUCCCUCUCCCAUGCCCAGAGUCAGCCUAGCAGCUACCAACAUGCUUUGCUUUUGCAGCAGGGAAAGCAGCGACAAACAACCCUGUCAGAUUUAGAGCCUAAAAUCACCACCAACUAUGAGGUGAUACGCAACCAGCCUCUGCUCAUUGUGCCAACCUCAACAGAAAGUGGGUAUGGGGUGGCACACCUUGGGGGCAAGUAUGGCAACUUGGACUUGAGGCUAGGACUAGAGGAGAGGAGCAUGGCCUCUAGUCCCAUGUCUAGUAUUUCUGCUGAUUCUUUUUAUGCUGAUAUUGACCACCAUAAUGCCAGGAACUAUGUGCUGAUAGAAGACAUAGGCGAGCUGACCAAGACUUCAACAGGGCUGAGCAACACUGGCUUGGGUUCUGGAUUCAACCUGCCUGAUAAGGAGUUGUCCAAGGCAGACAGACUACUCAGGGCAGCAGAAGUCAGACGCACAGCAGAGGUGGCAGAAUUUCUAGGCUCAUCCCGACUUCAGGGAUAUGGUAAAGGAGAAGAUGACACAAUGGAGGAACCCUAUGAGCUGAAGCUACUAAAGCAGCAGAUCAAGCAGGAGUUCAGGCGAGGAACUGAGGGACUGGAACACCUAACUGGUCUGGGCCUGCCCCAGUACCUUCCCAGUGAUGGCAGUUUUCGCCACUUCCCUAAAGGAGAGAAAUAUAGCAUUGGCAGGCUCACUCUAGAAAAACAGGCUGCAAAGCAACUCCCAGCAGCUAUGCUUUACCAGAAACAGAUGAAGAACAAGAAAGCUCUAAUAGACCCCAAAGCCAUCACCAAAUUUUCCCCUAUUCAGGAGAGCAGGGACCUUGAACCUGAAUUUGGCAGCUACAUGGGAUCUGGUGCCUCCUCUGUGUCCAGUCUGGCUGCUAGGGCUAGGUUGCUUCAGGAUGAGAUUACAUUUGGGCUGAGAAAGAACUUGUCUGAGCAACAAAAAUAUCUAGGCUCCUCUCUAGGGGCCAACCUAUCUGGUUCUCUUAAUCUUGGGCAGUCCCUUGGACUGGGAUCCACUAUCAGAGCAACUGUCCAGGAUGAUGGCACCUACCCAAGUGGCACUCGUUCCCGCCCCUCGUCUCGCCCCUCAUCUCGCCCUUCUUCUGUUUAUGGCUUGGAUCUAUCUAUCAAGAGAGAUCUAUCCAGUUCCUCACUUAGACUAAAGACAGAGGGAGAGGUCCUGGAUGCAGCAUUUGCCCCUGGAGUAGCCAGAGCAAAGCCUACCAGUUUACCUAUCAGCCAAAGCCGCGGCCGUAUCCCCAUUGUGGCUCAGAACUCUGAGGAGGAAAGCCCUCUGAGCCCAGUGGGGCAGCCUAUGGGUAUGGCUAGAGCUUCAGCUGGUCCUCUCCCUCCCAUUUCUGCUGACUCCAGGGACCAGUUUGGGUCUAGCCAUUCCCUGCCAGAGGUACAGCAACAUAUGAGGGAAGAAUCUCGCACACGUGGCUAUGAUCGAGACAUCGCAUUCAUCAUGGAUGACUUGCAAGGCGCCAUGUCUGACAGCGAAGCACUAAGUGAGUCCAUGCUGGUUUUGAACAGAGAUGAUGCCAGAAUCUUUCAUGAAAGUAUCAGACACGCUGGAGGCCCAAACUGGAAUAUAGAAGCCUACCACUUGAGGAGAGAGGACACAGAUUGGUUUGAUAAGCCAAGAGAAGGCCAUCCUCAAAGUGGAAGCAUGUCAGACAGGAGACAGAUGAAACUGGUCCCUUAUGCCUUCCCUCACACUCGCAUCAAGCUUAAGAGAGACUUGAAGGACACCAGUGUGUCAGGGAAUGGACUUGGGAUCCGUGUGGUAGGUGGAAAGGAGAUUCCAGGGAGCCGUGGAGAGAUUGGAGCUUACAUUGCCAAGGUUAUCCCUGGUGGUGCGGCUGAGCAAACAGGCAAAGUUGUGGAGGGAAUGCAGGUGUUGGAGUGGAACGGGGUCCCUCUAAUGGGAAAGACUUACGAAGAAGUGCAGUGCAUCAUGGGCCAGCCAUGUGCAGAGGCGGAGCUCUGUGUGAGACUCGACCUUAAUAUGCUGUCUGACCCUGAGCACCCACAAGCCCUGGAGCACCAUGUCCAGCUUAAGGCUGUAGGUGGGCAGCGUUCUCCUGGGGUGGAUCCUAAGCAGUUGGCUGCAGAACUGCAGAAGGUGUCCCAGCAGCAGGCUCCUGGUCUGGUAGGGGCAGGUGUUGGACCUGGAGGUUUAGGCGUCCUCUCUGCUUUGGAGCGUUCUGCCCUCCUUCACUCGGGCACCGGAUCAGCAGCUUCCAGUGGGGUGCCAAGCCCUGGUCAGCCUGCAUCCCCUGCCAUAAACAAGAAACAGCGACACAAGCAGGCAGAGAUGAUGAGAGUGCCUCAUCCCAUCACAGGAGAAAUUCAGCUCCAGAUCAACUAUGACAGAAACCUAGGAAAUCUGAUCGUCCAUGUCCUGCAGGCUAGAAACCUGGCCCCGAGGGACAACGACGGCUACUCUGACCCUUUUGUCAAGGUCUACCUUUUACCUGGGCGAGGCCAAGUCAUGGUUGUCCAGAAUGCAAGCGCUGAUAACAAGAGAAGGACCAAGUAUGCCCAGAAGACCAUGAACCCAGAAUGGAACCAGACUGUCAUCUACAAGAACAUUCAUUUAGAGCAGUUAAAGAAAAAGACGCUGGAGGUGACAGUGUGGGACUAUGACAGAUCCUCCUCCAACGACUUUCUUGGAGAAGUGCUGAUUGACUUGUCGAACACUGCCCAGCUUGACAACACUCCUCGCUGGCUGCCUCUGAAGGAGCAGAGUGAAAGCAUUGAACACAGCAGAGCCCAUCACGCAGCUCAAGGCCCUCCGGGGUCUGGAUCAGGUCUGGGACAUGGUCCAGGGCAGGGCCACAUGCCAGGGUCUGGACAGGGGCAUGGAAUGGGACAGGGUCAAGCACCAGGGCAAGGAGAUUUAAGUCAUGAUUCACCUAAAAAUUCUGUAAUCAAGAGCAGAAGCCAUGGAAUCUUCCCUGAUCCAGCCAAAGACAUGCAAAUGAUGCCUUUGGAAAAGUCACACAGCAGCCCGGGCAGCUCCAAGUCUUCCUCGGAUGGGCAGCUGCGCUCCCAUGGCCCCUCCCGAAGCCAAAGCAAGAGCAGCGUCACUCAGGCCCACCUAGAGGAUGCUGGGAUAGCCAUUGCUGCUGCCGAGGCUGCCGUGCAACAAUCCCGCCUGCAACCAAGACCAGGACACCGGCUAGGUGACGUCUCAGGGCCAGUAGUGCUGUCUGCUCCGAGUCUUGUCGGAGACGCCUAUGGAGGUCUGGAUGGGGAAGAAGGGGCGGACACUGGAGUGGACAGUGCCAUUUUUCAAGUGCCACGAAUUGGAAAGACUAUUCCCAACGGCACUGACAAAACUCAACUAGGGACUGCAGAAAAUGAAGGUGGCAAAACACAAGUAAUGGGGGAGAUCAAGGUUGCUCUCAAGAAGGAGGUAAAGACAGAAGGGGACCAACUGGUUUUAGAGAUCCUUCAAUGCAGGAACAUCACUUAUAAGUUCAAAAGCCCGGACCAUCUACCAGACCUGUAUGUGAAGUUGUACGUGGUGAAUGUGGCCACUCAGAAGAGGAUCAUCAAGAAGAAAACGAGAGUUUGUCGACAUGACAGGGAGCCGUCUUUUAAUGAGACCUUCAGAUUCCCACUCAACCCAACUGGACACUCUAUACAGCUUUUCUUGGUGUCUAAUGGAGGGAAGUUCAUGAAGAAGACCUUGAUAGGAGAAGCCUACAUCUGGCUGGACAAGGUGGACAUGAGGAAGAGAGUGGUCAGCUGGCACAAGCUGUUCGUCAGCUCCACUCAGACCAACCCCUGAGCACCACACCAAAACGAUGCAAAUGCAAUAGAUCAGCAAAAGAUGAACGUAGAGUGUGUUGUUCAAGGAUGCAUAAGAGAAAACGAAGGAGAGGAAAUUAGAAAAAAGAUUCAUUUAAUUUAAUUCCUCAGUUUAUAAAUCAUUAGAGGAGGGGAAUCGUGGGCUAACAACAUUUGCAAUUUUAUCAGUCCAACACUGCCGGCACACAUGCCCACCUCCUCCCAUGACGAGUCUCUGCUGACUUUGGACUUUGCUUGUAGGAUGCGAAUGUGCAAACACCAAGGCAGGCACUGACAGAUUCUCAACUGCAAUAUGGCUUUGAGGGCAGUGACAUCUUUUCUAACCACGGUUCCAGUUCCGCAACCCACAGGAGACAUUGCUGUUUUGAUGCUGCGCGACUGAGCUAACAUAUCUAUCAGAGCGGAAGACAGGAAAAAAAAAAAAAAAAAACUCCCAGAAUCAUUAGUGGAAUUGUGUUUCUUCACGAGGGUCAAUGUUGUGAUAUGAUGAUUGUGAUGUGUGUGGACAUCAGUGGUCUUGAAAUGUGAAAUGAUGGAGGAAUGCAUAAUAUUUUUUUGUAUGCUAGUCUUUCGGUUUCAUGUUAAAAAAAAGACGAAAAAUAAACAGCAAAGCCUAUUUAGAACUGAAUCAGACAGUUGACCUUUGCAAUGAGAUGAUUAAAUGUACAGCACUUCUGACUGUAGAUAACCCACAUGCAGAAUACAGAACAUAUCAGAGAAUCGCAUUGUACAGUGUGAUGUUUAUAUAAUAUACAAAGAUAUCAGAUGCAGAAUAUAUCUAAAUACAAUAUACAAUAUAAGAGUUGUUCUCUUGUCACUAGAUUCUAUAUGAGAAGACAGAAAGCAGUCUUUGAUAGAUUGAGGCUGAGGGUGGCGCACUGACAAUCCAGUAAUCUUGGGUGUAGGCAGUCUUAAUAACUAUUAUGUGAAUGUGGACCUAUGUGAGCUCAAGCAUGUUCAGAAUCAUGUUGGAAAGCUCCAUCGGUCUUCUGAUCAUACUGAUGCACCGCUAUAACAAACAGGGCUGUGAUCAAAUCAAAUAAAAUUCAAGGUCAAUGUCAACAUCCAGUGACAGAUUACUAUUUCACUAGCAUGACAUUGUGAGGCAGGUUCGAAUUACAAUAAAAUGAAUGGCAUCUUGGGCUCCGAAGCUCAAAGCACAUGCUGUGUUGAAUGUUUCAAGCCAACUGCAGAGGAUGACGAGAGUCUAUCACAUCUGUGUCAUGUGUGCAGCAUUUUUGCUUUAAGGCUGUUGUAGUGGCUCCGAGUUUGUUAAUAUUUCCUUAUGUGUAGCCCUUCAUGUUAUCACACCGUUGAUAUGGACAUGUAAUUCUCACAAGUCGUGUCAAAACCAUAUGUAGAUCCACAACUGUCAUUACCUCAGUAUGACAGCUCUACUGUCUGUGUGUUAGUAAAGCCCUCCGAUCUGAGUUUUACCCAAAAAUAGUUUCAAACUGAAGAAAAAAAUAUUCUUUCCAGUCAAAUGUCAAGGUUCCUCUGUGUGUCUGGCUGUGCUGUAAAACACUCUACUGUUGUGUGUCAGUGACUCCCGUUACAACACAGUGAGCCAGCCUCUUUCACUGCCUGUGACCAAAACACACACUCAGGCCCGCCGGGGUUCAGUCAUGUUGAUGGUCAGAAGAACACAUGAGGCUGAGUCUCAACAAUAGUGUGAGCAGGUGACCCAUGUGUUCAUCUGUUUUCAUCUUGUAAUGUUUUUUCUGCCAUAUCUCCAGAAUGAAAAAAAAGCAUAACCCUCUGAAAUAUUGUCAGUGUAUUUAGGCAUAUGACAGGGCUGAUGCAACUUCUUAACAUUGGAAGCAACAAACACACUUAGAGCAAGAUGUCAAUCGUCACCUAUAAUAAACCUUUAGCAAAGGAAAAGAAACAAAAAAAGAGAAUAAUAAGGAAGGAAUCAUGGUUGUUUUAUCGAUGUUGAUAAUUAUUUUGCUGUGCCAACCUAGAUUUAUUUUUUAAAUUCUUCUUCUUCUUUUUUUUUUUUAUUCCAAACGCAUUGGUUCUUUUAAAGCAAUUCUAUGCAACAUAUGUGUUUGAAUAAAUUUAUGUUUUUGGAAUUUAACCUUUUAUCUGUGAUCAUAUGAUCGUAAACUAUGUCUUAUAGAAAAUAACUUUGAUUUGUACACCACUGAAAGAAAAUAAUAAAUAUAUUGAUUUUUUACUGAUUUUAAUAUAUAUUGAUGUUAACAUCUGUUAACAGCUACAUGGAGCUUGUGCACUUUAUUAUUAGAUUGUUUAUUUUGUUGUCUCAUUUUAACCAUCACGACAUGCAAGAUCAUGUGUUUUGUGUUUCUGCACUGAAAUGAACUGAGUCAUGGUGUAUGUGGCGGCUGAAAAAAUUGUGAUGUGCAUUUUGUAUCUAUGUGGCAAAAAGAAAAACAUGCAGACACGUUGGGGUUCCCAAACACAAUGCACAAUCUGGGGGGGUAAAUCACCCUUAACUACAUCAUGCUCAUAGUGUACUUAACAGUUUGUGUACACGGUACAGUAAAUAAGACAUAUUAUCUCAAUGCUCAGUCAUGACUGUUUAACCCCUCGUGUUUCAUUAGACUUCCUCCGAGCUUAAAUCUGUUCGUUUAGAUCAGCUGUUGCCUGUAAUCGUGAAUCCAUUCAUUUGUUGUUGUUCUGAGGGGUGUGAAUGUGACUCAAGUUGUUUGACAUGUGUACAUAAAGUGUUUAUUUUCUACAAAGACUGAAUGUUUAUAUUGUCCGAAGUUUGAGCAUGUGAGUGUUGAAAAAAAAAUCACUUAUAACUGUACAGCAAUGCGUGUCUAUAGUUGUAUAAGGGGAGUUGACUGUGUAAUCAAAACAUGUGCUGUCAACCAAUGACUAUCUGUGCAACUACGUCCCGUAAACUGCAGAAACAACACAAAGGGAAAAAAAAUCUAUUCAACUUCAAUAGUUGUCUGAAACUUUAUGUUUUGGAUGUUGCAUGUUUUGUUGAUGGUUUGUCAGUAUAUUUUGCCUAAAGAUUAUGUUUAAAAAGAGAGAGAAUAUGUAUAGAUUUAUCUGUAUGCUGAGUGUAAAGAAAUAUGCUUGUAAAAUUGUCUUGUUUUUCACUCAGUGUAAAAACAAAGCAUAUAAUGUUAUGGUUUUGUGGUUGUACACAGGAUGUGUUGAGAUAUGCAAAUUGUGCUGUAAAAAACCAGCGUUUCCCCUGAGUCUAAAGAAUAAAUAUUAAGAAGAGCUAUAUUGAAAAUUCA